CAAAUAUGCGGAUCCUUAGUGAGUUUGAAAUUAAAGAGAAUAUUAAUACUUUUCAAGGAAUAGCUCUUGAAACUCAGCAGGAGUUAAGAACACAGAAUUGAUAUGUUAUCAUACAGAUAGCUACUGGAUUUAAUGACCAUGUUUCAAAGCUGAUAGUGUCAGGAGCCAUGGUUCUUAUUAACUACUUUUUCGUAAAUCGAUCCUAUUAUGAGUAUGAUAGAGUACUGAUGUGCACUGCUGCUCUUUACUUAAGUACUAAGAUGAACGGACAGCAUCGGAGAAUUGAGUACUAUGCCUUUGGUUACCAUAAUAUUAAUAACAAGCUCACAAACGGAGAUGAAAUCAUCAAACCUCUUUCGGAUGAGAUGAAAGAGGAAAUUAUUGAAAAGAUUACAAACGCUGAGCUCCAGAUUGUUAAGACAAUGUUUGGGAAAGACGGAGGAAUGGUAGGUGUUGACCUUCCAUACAAAUAUAUUUCUGAUUAUGUUUAUAAGCUGUUUAAGAAAGAAAAUAUAAAUAAUAUCUUCUAUUUGGCAACCUGGAUUGUCAAUGAUGCCUGAUUCACUGUUCUUCCCCUGACUUUUGGGCCAAAGGAAAUCGCUUUUGCAUGUGUUAUAAUUGCUUCCAGACAGUUAGGUUGUCCAAUGGAUAAAAUUACACCUGAAAAAUUAAAGAGAAUGAUCAGAGGGGAUAGCGACAAAGACUCCAAAUAAAGGAUCUGCUUACUGAAACUUUGAUGAAGUUAUCACUUGAAUUAGUAAAAUUACCAAGUUUUACAGUGACAUGAAGGAAAAAGAAAAAGCACGAACUAAAGCAGAAGAAAAGGGAGAUAGUGCAGAGAAAACUCCCGAGACAGUUGAGACUCCAAAGGACGAAGAAAAUAAGGAAUAAGUUAAAA